CAGGAUGAGCAAUAAAUCCACACAUUGAAUGAAAUGGACCCGAGCUGAUGCCCCUAAGUCCCAGUCUGCCCUCCUCUCUUUGCCCUGCUGGUCACGGGUAGAGAUGGGUCCGGAUGUGCUGCUGGCCGUGCCCGGGGUUGUGGUCAGGAGUGUUUUACUGCUGCUGCUGAGCAGUGAUCCUGUGUGGGGGAAUUAUACGAUGGUUGCUGGUGACACCCGUUCUAAUAACACUACUGGACCUGACAUUGCAGCGAUCGUUGCCCCGACGGUGACGCUGGGCGUUCUGGCGAUCGUCCUGGCUGUUCUCGGCUGGUGUCUCUGCGUGGUGAAGAAGAGGAGACAGACUGAAGGGACGUAUCGACCCAGCGCUGAGGAACAGUCUGGUGCACGCGGUGUGGCGGCACCAGAUGCACUUAAGCUACCAAAGGAGGAAAGACUCAUUUGAGAUUUAUAGUUUUACAAAAUCCUGUAAGGACACGGGCUAGCAGCAUUCCUGUGUGACGACGAGGAUGAUCAAUGAAACGAAAAUCUGCCCAGGUUUCAGAGAGGACAGAUUGACAAGUUUGAGCUUUCAUUUCAACAAGCAGCGAGUGGUUCCUGCACGGCACUAUGGAGAAAUGCACCUGGAUCGAGCUGAUUUUAAGAACAAUCGAACAUUUCAAGGAGGUUUUGAACAUUUCCUCGGCACAAAUGCAAGAAGAGCUUCAGUAUUUUAUCAACACUAAUAAUUUUAGUUUAGUUUCUCUUGUUUCAGUUGCCAUUUAUCAUUCAUCUGUACUUGAUCUGAUUCAGUCUAUCGUGAAAUACUGUCCCUGGCAAAAUUAUACCUCAAAUAAGUUUUUUUGUUGUUUCUACUGAUGAGUCCAUCGCAUUUUAAAUCAAGACAUGUUUUUUAGCCUAAUAAUGAGUGAAAUUAAACAUCUUAUUACAGGGCAAAAACUCACUAAUUUUAUAAAGACAGUUAAAAUGAGGUUAUACUGAGAAAUUAUAUUGAGCAAAAGCAAUUGUUUACACUUCAAGUAUUCCUUAAGUGACAUUAUUUGAAGAUCAUUUCAUCAGAUCAACCAUGCAGUGCAUACAUAAUGCAUCAUAAUCAAGCAGAUGUUUUACAAUGUUACAUGUUUAUUUAUGCUUUUAUCAAGUAAAUGUUUGUAAAAAGUUGAGUAAUUAAACUUCACAAAGCAGUUAAACCAU